AUGAGCUCACUGGAAGAACUCUUCCAUCGUCCUAGCUACCACAUCUCGGAGCAGAGGAUUUACCACAGCAACAGAAGUACCCCUUCCGUUGCUGUAGUCAGUUUCUCUGUCUUGCAACAGGGGUAUGAGUAUGAGUGUGGAGACUAUGGGAUGCAGCUGCUGGUUUUUCCCAGACAGGGUCACACUGUCCGCUUCAAAGUUGUGGAUGAGUUUGGGACACCCUUCGAAGUUACCAACUGCUCCAUUUGUCUCCAUUGGGUCACAUCUGGCGAGCAAGGAGUAGUGAUCUUCUCGGCUGGCUACAAUGGCUGCCACGUUCAGAAGAAGGAUGGCCUUAACCACCUACAGGUCCGAGUGGAGGAACUAUUGAGCACUGGGGCCAUCGCUGCCACCCGUGAUGUGAUCAUGACCUGCCCCAAGCCUCCUGAACAUGACAUAGCGCAUGGUUUCCUCUGGGGUUAUGUGCCGCAGCCAGGCCUAGUGCACCCGGUGCCCGUGCCGCAGACGGGCCUGGUGCGCCUGGUGCCCCACAUCUAUCCUCCACCAAGAAACAUAGGUGCCCAUCUCACACAGGAGCAGUGCCGAGUGGUGACUGGGAAGAUCCCCUGCCGAGAUGCCCCAGGCCGAGCUGCUUGCUCCCAGGCUGGCUGCUGUUAUGAUGAGACUGACCCUACUACCCCCUGCUACUAUGGCAACACAGUCACUGUUCAGUGCCUCGUGGAUGGUCACUUUGUUCUGGUGGUCUCCAGGGACAUGUUUGAUCACCCCAUCAUCCUGGACAGUGUCCAGCUAGCCUAUGCCCAAACAGGGUGUGAUCCCAUCAGAAUGACAGAGGCUUUUGUGAUCUUCCGCUUCCCUGUCAUGCAGUGCGGCACCACAGUCCAGGUGAUUGGGGACAAACUGAUCUAUGAGAACCAGCUGAUCUCUGGCAUUGAUGUCCAGACUGGGCCAGAUGGCUCCAUCACCCGGGACAGCACCUUCAUCUUCCAUGCUCGCUGCAUCUACAAUGCCAGUGACUUCCUGCCAGUCUAAGUGGAGGUCUUCUUGCCCCCCACACCUGCUCCAGUCACCCAGGCAGGACCCCUUUGGCUUGAGCUGCGCAUUGCCACAGACCUGAGCUACAGAUCCUAUCUCACGGAGAGAGACUACCCUGUGGUGAAGGUACUCAAGGACCCUAUCUACAUGGAGGUUCGCAUCCUGCAGAGAACCGACCCUAACCUGGUUCUGUCUCUCCACCACUGCUGGGCUACCCCAAGCGCAACGCCCCUGGAGCAGCCACAGUGGCCCAUCCUAGUCGACGGGUGCCCAUUCUUGGGAGACAACUACAGAACCCAGCUUGUGCCCAUAGGCUCUGAGUUGCCCUUCCCAACUCACCACCAGCGCUUUGUUCUCUCCACCUUUGCCUUUGUGGACUCAGACUCCCAGAUAGCACUUGAUGGAGAGGUGUACCUCUUCUGUAGUGCCUCUGCCUGCCGUCCCUCCCGGCUGGAGCUCUGCAGGACCAUGUGCCCAUCAGGGGCUGCUAUAAGAGGUCGCCGGUUUCUGCAUAUUGGAAAUGGGACAAGAGAGCCCCAGGACUUAGUGAGUUCUCGCGGACCUGUGAUCUUCCAGGCGAGUCCUGGGCCACGCAGAGAGCAAGUCUAUGAGAACACAGACCCUGUCUCCAGACUGGACCUGACUCCUGUGCUUCUGGCUGUACUCUCUCUGGUGGCUCUGGCCUCCCUCAUUGUUGUGACCCUGCUCUGCAGGAGAAAGGACUGGAUGACCAGAUCCUAAAGACUCCAUAGUGGCUCGCUGUCAAACAAGGGUGGAAAAUAAAAACAG